CUGUAGAUGGCAAAAAACAACACAAACAACCUCGCCCUGCGUUCCAUUCUGGAUAAAGAUAAAUUGAACGGAACAAACUUUGUUGACUGGCAACGCAAUCUCUGCAUUGUUCUCCGCAUGGAUGAGAAAGAGUAUGUGCUCGAAAAGCCCAUUCCUCCUGCCCCUCCCGCUAACGCCCCGAAAGCAGUCAAAGAUGCCUACGAGAAACACGUUAAGGAUGACAACCAGGUUAGCUGUGUCAUGCUGGCUACCAUGAUACCCGAGCUGCAAAAACAGCACGAGGACAUGAAGGCCCACGAGAUGAUCGUGGCCUUGCGGCAGCUAUACCAGGGGCAAUCCAGGCAUGAACGUUUUCUCGUGA